CAGAUUUCUUUGGCAAGCUUACAUUAGAUAUGAGAACCAAGUAUAAUGUAAGUAAUUCUGCUUUGGAUUUUAUGACUCAAGAAUUGCAAGAAUAGCUGAAGGGCAGGGAAAAGUCUUUAGAAGGUGGUGAAGAUGGACUGCCUGCUAAAAGACAGAAAUUGGAAUUUGACAGUUCCGACUUUUUAAACAGUUUGUUACAAUUAAAUAUUCAAAAAAAGAGAACUCAUUAUUACAAGUCCAAUUUUAAUUUAAUAGAACCUGAGGAACUGUUUAUAAAUUCCAAUUUGAAAACUAGAAUGACUAAUGGAAGCAUAGGAAAUCAGACCAAAAACAACACUUUUCAGUAUAUGUCCAUCAAAAAGCGAUUGACUGCCUUGUUUUCUAACGAUGGCUUUAGGCGCCUUUAUUUCUCAGAAAGUCGAAGUCAGGAUGAUUUUGUGCGUGGAACGAAAGACAGUAAAUAUGUACAAGUUCAUCCUCUUUUUUCGAAAACCCCUACUGCCAUUCGAAUUCAGUUAUUUUACGACGAAGUCGAAGUGACUAAUCCACUCGGUUCUAAAACAAAAAACAUGAGCUAGCUAUGUUCUGUUUUCGAAUUUUAAAUUUACCUAAUUCUGAGAAUUCUAAACUUGCAAAUAUUUUCCCUCUUGCCAUUGUCAACAGUAUUCACGUAAAAAUAAUUCUUUUGAUUUUGCUUUCUCUGAAUUUCUUAAUGAAUUAAAAGAACUUGAAUCAGAAGAUGGAAUGCUGCUUGGCAUUCCUGAUUUCACAAACUUUAGAAUUAGAGGGACAAUCGCUGGUGUAUGUGCAGACACAAAGGGCGCUCAUGAGAUUGGGGGAUUUCUCGGACCUUCUGCAAAUAGGUUCUGUAGGCUUUGCUUAAUCACUAGGGAAGAAAUAAAACAAAAAAGUUGCUUUGAUCAGUUAGAAAUGAGGACUAGAGAAAAUUAUGACGAAGCGGUUGAAGCUUCUGCUAGCAAUCCUGAAAAAGCGAGUGACACUGGAAUCCGUUCGUGUUGUGUUCUGAAUUGCUCAAAAUAUUUCCAUUUCGGAGUGGAUGGAGAAACAUUAUCGAGUCUGUCGAUUCAAGAUUUAAUUGGAAUUGGACUCAAGUUGGGGCCAAGUUUAAAACAUUUCAAAUUCAUCGAACUACUUAAUAAAGCAAGAUUAUGUGUUCCUACCAUUCCAACAGCAGAAGCCGAGGUUUUGACCGUCGAUGAAAUUUUCUCCAUUGAAACAGAGCAACAUGAAGAAACAGUUUUAAUUAUUGACACUGAAAAUCAAGGUGGUGCUGAUGAGAGCCCAUGUGUUUCCAAAGAAACGGUAGUGUCAUCGACUAUCAGUAUCCCUGAAAUUUUGGCGGAUGGAGGAGGCUUAGAUGUGUUGGAACGAUAUCAAAAUUCCCAACCAUCGCCGAGUCUCUCUGACAUAGACCGACAAGAAAUUGUUAGAAUACUGAUGGCCGACUUGACUAAAAAAUGUGGAAACAUGUAUCCCUCAUCGGAUAUCAAAGAUGCCACAGCUCUCAUUCGCUGGCUCCAAACGCAUCUCGCAAUCCCGCAAAACAGGGGAACGAUAAGACAGUACAUGUCGGACACGUUUGCUGCACGUCAGGCUAUGAUCGAAAGCGAAUUGACAACUUUUACUCUUAUUGUGGAGAAAUUCCCCAGUUUUGUUGACUUCAACAAAGGAGCUCUGAUAUUCACCGAUUUUGCAACCACUUAUCAAAUGGUACAAAGCUUCGAAGAAAACUUCGUCGUGAAACUAGGAAACAAAAUUGAACGUUUAGCAAGACGUGACAAAAACGAGCUCCCAGUCGAAACUUCAGAUCGUAAGUUUUGA